AAACGAUUAAGUCGGAAAAAACGGAAAAGGAUAUUGGUUAGAGGAUUGUGACCAAAAAAAAUUGGAAAUAGUACUUGGAAAAUCUUUCAGUAAAAAGUUGUUUAAAAUAUUUUGACUUAACAUUUUGUCUAUAGUGAAACUACCUUAAAGAUGGACUGCGAUGAAUUCCGCAAACGUGGCUCAGAAAUGGUGGAAUAUAUCUGCCAAUAUCUGGAAACAUUGGGCGAUCGCCGCGUGACACCCAGCGUGGAACCUGGCUACUUACGACACCUAUUACCAGGUGAAGCCCCAACAAACCCGGAGCCAUGGGAACAAAUUAUGGAAGAUGUAGAAACCAAAAUCAUGCCGGGCGUUACACAUUGGCAACAUCCGCGUUUUCACGCCUACUUCCCAGCGGGAAAUUCCUUUCCAUCGAUUCUCGGAGACAUGCUUGGCGAUGGGAUCGGAUGCAUUGGUUUCUCGUGGGCCGCCAGUCCAGCUUGCACAGAACUAGAGACAAUUGUCCUUGAUUGGUUAGGAAAAGCAAUUGGUUUACCAGAUGACUUCUUAGCUUUGAAGGAGGGUAGCAAAGGAGGAGGUGUUAUACAGACUUCAGCCUCGGAAUGUAUUCUGGUAACAAUGCUUGCGGCUCGCGCUCAGGCAAUUAAAAACCUGAAACAACAACAUCCUUUUGUGGAGGAGGGGCAUUUACUAUCGAAAUUGAUGGCGUAUUGUUCCAAGGAGGCCCACAGCUGUGUGGAGAAGGCGGCAAUGAUCUGUUUUGUUAAGCUAAGAAUUUUGGAACCAGAUGAGAAGGCCAGUCUUCGCGGGGAUAUUUUGUUGAAUGCUAUGGAAGAAGAUGAACUCCAAGGUUUGGUGCCAUUUUUCGUAUCAACGACCCUGGGCACUACUGGAUCAUGUGCGUUUGAUGCUCUCGAAGAAAUUGGUGCCGGGAUUCAUCAGCGAUUUCCAGGAGUUUGGCUACACGUGGAUGCAGCCUAUGCAGGCAACGCCUUUAUUUGCCCGGAACUGAAGCCAUUGCUGAAGGGCAUCGAAUAUGCUGAUUCAUUCAACACAAAUCCCAACAAGUGGCUUCUCACGAAUUUCGACUGCUCCACGUUGUGGGUGCGAGAUCGGAUCCGCCUCACAUCAGCCCUGGUCGUGGAUCCGUUGUAUCUGAAACAUGGAUAUUCGGAUUCAGCCAUUGACUACCGUCACUGGGGAGUUCCAUUGAGUAGAAGAUUCCGAUCUCUCAAGUUGUGGUUCGUUUUAAGAAACUAUGGCAUAAGUGGAUUACAAAAGUACAUUCGUCAUCACAUCACGUUGGCCAAAAAAUUUGAACAACUCGUACUCAGAGAUAAGCGCUUCGAAAUCUGCAAUGAAGUCAAGCUUGGGCUGGUAUGUUUUCGCCUAAUAGGAACCGAUAAGCUUAACGAGAAACUACUGAGUGCAAUUAAUGCAUCAGGCAAGCUCCACAUGGUCCCAGCCUCGGUUAACGAUAAAUACAUUAUCCGAUUUUGUGCUGUAGCUCAAAAUGCCACCGAAGAAGAUAUCGAUUACGCUUGGGACGUUAUUCAAGAUUUCGCUGCUGAAAUCCUGGAAAAGGAGCAAGCUGAUGAACUCACCGAGAUUAUGGACCGAAAACGAAAGGAAACAUUGGCACAGAAACGAUCAUUUUUCGUUCGCAUGGUCAGUGAUCCGAAAAUCUAUAAUCCUGCAAUCAAUAAAGCUGGAACACCGAGGUUGUCUGCAGAUAUUAUAUCUCCUGUUCAAGAUGGUGCGCCAACCAUUCAGACUCCUGCACGUAGUACAGGCUCAACAUGGAUUAGUUGGCCUUUGGCAUUUUUAUUUAAUAGUGAUAAUGAUGGGCCGAAAAGCAAUGUUUCUUUGAGAUUCCGACAUUUGGACACAAAUGUUCGUCUAUCGACUUCAAGGCGCAAUUCAGGGAGUGGCGGUGGUUCGUCUCCUUCACCAGAUAAUGAGCAAAACAACAGUGGCUCGACUAAUAAUAAAUCACCAAAACGAUCUCCGAUUUUGAUGCGAAAACGAGGAUCAUCACCAAGCAAUAAAUAGAAAGAUUUCAAGAUUCUUUUAUAAAAGUAUCUGUAAAUUUAAUAAUAGUUCGCAGUUACGUAAUGCAAUACAGGUCGGUGGCGUCUGAUUUUUCAAAGUUAUUUUCUCUUUUACCUGCCUAAAUGAAAAACAGUUUGGAGAUCUAUUUAAGCUACGCCUACAUACGAUUAAACUUUCUCAACUUUCAAUAAAAGCACGUACUCAAUAAAAUUAAUAUUAGAAAUAUAAUAGAUCCAGAUUUCAGAUAAAUAACGUUAGCGUAGAUAGUCAUAUUCAUGUGAUUGAAAUUCUAAUUAUCUGAA